AUGAAUGCCAUGCUGUGCGGUGCAGUUGUAUUGCAUGUGUCACUAUUGGAGAUGCGGGCCAACGCUUCACUUGAGAAGCCCAAGGAGGAGCUGAAGUCAAGAAAUACUGUGGUGAAGGAUGAUACUUUCAGAACCUCAGACUCACCUAAUUUGCGUAGUCAAGCAACUGUGUAUGCAAAGUUGGCUGAAUCUGAUGCCGUGAAGACUGGCUCUUUGAAGAGCAGUGCAGAGCAAGAAAACCUUAAAAGAUGA